AUGAAGCAGCUGUGUGCUUUCCCUAUUUCAUUUUUGCUCCUGAAGUUUUCUCUCAUCUUGUGCUGUUUGACCAAACCAAAUUGCUUUUGGAGGAUAAAAAAUAGUGAAGAUAAUGAAUUAAAUGAUUUGCGAAGAGAUUUGCGAAGGGAGUGUCAUUUUUACAUUUGGGCAAUUGAUAAACCUGUUGAAGAUAAUUUUUAUAAUUUUGUUUUAAAUUUUAGAGUAUCACCAAGUGAAUAUGAGUUUCUUCUGGUAAUAAUUUUUGCUACUGAUGAGAUCAACAAGAAUCCUUAUCUUUUACCCAACAUAACUUUGAUAUUCACCAUCGUUGGUGGUCACUGUAAUGAUUUAUUGGGAGGUAUGGAUAAAUCAUAUUCACAAAUAAAUGGACAUAUGAAUUUUGUUAAUUAUUUCUGUUAUUCAGAUGAUUCAUGUCUAAUAGGCCUUACAGGACCAUCAUGGAAAAAAUCCUUAAAACUGGCAAUGGAUUCUUCAACACCAAUGGUUUUCUUUGGACCAUUUAAUCCUAACCUACGUGACCAUGACCGGUUGCCCCAUGUCCAUCAGGUAGCCCCCAAGGACACACAUUUAUCCCAUGGCAUGGUCUCCUUGAUGUUUCAUUUUGGAUGGACUUGGAUAGGACUGGUCAUCUCAGAUGACGACCAGGGUAUUCAGUUUCAUAGGGAAAAUCAGUGUGUAGAGUAUGAUAUUUUCAUCAUUUGGAAUCUUCCACAAGGCCUUGGAUUAAAAGUGAAAAUCGGAAGCUAUUUACCUUGUUUUCCACAGAGUCAACAACUUCAUGUAUCUGGUGAUUUGGAAUGGGCCAUGGGAGGAACAUCAGUUCCGUCCUCCGUGUGUAGUGUGGCAUGUACUGCUGGAUUCAGGAAAAUUCAUCAGAAAGAAACAGCAGACUGCUGCUUUGAUUGUGUUCAGUGCCCAGAAAAUGAGGUUUCCAAUGAAACAGCAGAUAUGGANCAGUGUGUGAGGUGUCCAGAUGAUAAAUAUGCCAACUUAGAGCAAACCCACUGCCUCCAAAGAACUGUGUCAUUU